AUGACUGGGGUAUUUAAUAUUUUUGUUUCUACCGUGCUUUACUUGAAGCGACAUAUUGGAGGAAAAAACAAUCAAGACCAACAUGAAGAUGUAACCCUUCAACAACAAAGUCCUAUACCUUUCUCCGUAAUAAUUGAAGACCCAGAAGAAGAGCCAAUAAGGGAGGACCCAGCAGAAGCUGUCUACUAUAACAAUUUAUCAGCAGCCAAUAAUAUAGAUGUCAAAGAUUUGUUGUUGGUCAUAGAAGAAAAAGAACAGAAAGAAAAUGCUGGUUUUACCAAGGAAUUUAAGGAACAACCAUAUGGGGAGAGGUUUGACUGUACCACAGCGAAAUUAGAAGAAAACAUUCCAAGAAACAGAUUCAAAACAACUUUUCCAUAUAAUCACUCGAGAGUGGUGCUACAAAUUGAUGACGAAUUCAGUUCCGAUUACAUAAAUGCAAAUUACGUAGAGAAUAUGGAAGGUACAAGGGCAUAUAUUGCUUCUCAAGGACCGAAAGAAAAGAUUUUGAUUGACCAGUGGAGGAUGAUUUGGCAAGAGAAAGUGGAUUACAUUGUAAUGUUGACAAAUCUUAUAGAGGGUCGCAAGGUUAAAUGUCACCAAUACUGGCCGGAUGAAAAUGACAAAUUAGAGAUUGGAUCAUUUACAAUACAUUUGAUAGAAGAGAAAAAAUACGCCUACUUUAUAAAAAGAACAAUGUCACUCGAGAAAAGAGACGUAACGAAAUCACGGACAGUUGUUCAGUUUCACUACACCAGAUGGCCUGACCAUGGAACUCCCAAUCCUUUGAACCUUACUAUUUUCCAUGAACAUUUUAAACAUUAUUCCUUCAACUCAAACAAUCCUGUCCUUGUCCAUUGCAGUGCAGGUGUUGGUAGAACAGGCACCUUUAUUGCUCUCGAUGCAUUAGACAAAUAUGGUAGAAAGACGGGAAAGGUGAAUGUCAUAGAAUUUGUCAGGGCAAUGAGGAAAAACAGAAUGUCCAUGAUUCAGAACAUUGAUCAAUAUAUUUUUCUGUAUCAUGCACUUUACCAGACCUUCAGGAGGAAAAGUAUGUUCAUUCGGCGACUUGAUUUCGCAAGGAAAUUUUCACAAACUGAUAAACGAGAGACGAGAAAACAAAUAACCGAUGAAUUUAACGAUUUAACUAAGCUGAAACCAAAAUAUGACGCCAGUGACUACAGAAGUGGAAAGAAGUAUCUGAAUAUGAACGCUGUAAAAACGGUUUUGCCCGUUGAACGCUUCAUCGUUUAUUUGUCUUCAUCAUUGAGAGGAAGGGAACCUUACUACAACGCAUUAUCAUUGUCGUCAUUUACUAGUGCAGAGGAGUUUAUUUCUGCGCAACAUCCAGUGAAUGGAGCUGGAGUUGACCUUCUUCACCUAUUGAUAGAUCAAGCAUCCCCGUUCUUGAUUUCGAUGAAUCCUGUUGAGAAUAUCAUUGAGGUCAGAAACUGGUUCAAUGACAGUGAGAAAAACACAAUUGUAGGGCCAUUUGGAAUAACAAAAGUUGAGCAAAAAGUAUUUACGGACGGUGUACGGAAAACCAUUAUCAAAGUGCAAAGAAAGCAGGAAAAAGAAAGUCACGUUAUCCAAAUUUUUGAAUGUCUUGAUUGGAAUGCGACUGAUAUUUUACCAGAGAGGUGUUCAGCUCUCAUAGAAUUAGUGAAGCAGUUUUGCUUAGAUAGAAGGAGGAAUCCAGAGGGUCAAAUAACCAUUUUAUCACGGGAUGGUGCGACCUGCUGUGGAGUAUUUAUUGCUGUAUAUAACGCCAUAGAACAGCUACAACAGGACGAGGAGGUGGACAUAUUUACCAUAGUACAGCAGAUACAGUGUAGAAGACCGGAAAUGAUAUCUACAAAGGAAGAAUACGAGUUUUGUUACAAGGCUGUUUGUGCAUUCUUGGAAACCGAAAAUAUUUAUGCCAACACCUCUAAUUGAGACAUAACGUAUACCGCAAAUAUACUUACUUAUGUAGUGUAUUCAAAUAUAUAGAUCUUUGUACAUGUUCAUUGACGGAAUGUUUCAUGGUUGCAAAUGCAUUGCAAUGAAUAUAUCUCGGUUAUCUUUCAGCGAUUUCUUAGCAAGAAUUCGGUUGUUUUUAACACCUUUGAUAUGUUGUUCAGAUGUAUUUGGUGAUACUUUUUGUUUGAAAAUCAAUGAUUUACUAUAAUUUUAUUGUAAUUGUGAGAUAUACAAACCACC